UUUUAGCCCUCACCAGUGGAAGUGUUGUCAUAAAGUUGAGCCAGCUGGGCUUUGGCAAGCAAGCUUGGGGAGGGACUCAAUGCCUGGUGGUUCGGGGAGUUGUGAUCCAAAAUUUCCCCCAUUGUGGGGAAAGGAAGAAGAAAACUUCCCUGAACAUCCCCUGCUGAAUGGGGAUUUAGCCUCAGAAAAGUUCCAGAUGGCCUCUUCUUGCCCCAUGGGGUCCGUUGAUAGCCUGGAGCUUCUAGACCUUCUCUUUGACCCACAGGAUGGGGUCUUGUGGCUCAUGGAGCUGGGAGACUCUGACUGUGCCCAUGCUGAGGACAAACAAACCCAGUUGGCUCCAGAACCAGACAAGUUCCUUAGCUCCAUCUUAGGAGGUGGGGACUCUAUCUCCAACUCCCCAAUCUGGUCGCCAGCUGCUAGUGACAGUGGGAUCUCUGAAGAUCUGCCCUCCGAGCCUCAGGACAGUCCACGGUGUUUUCAGGCUGGAACCAGCCCAGAUGGCCAACAAAAGGCUUCUCUGCCUUCCUACUGUCAUGGUGGCCCCUGCCCUGGCUCCACUGGGCCUGAAGGGCCAAAAGCCCAACAGCUAGAGUCAUCUGUAUCCAUAGAUCUGGAAAUGUGGAACUCAGACGGCAUCUUCCAGGACAGCCCCGACCUGACAGGCUCAAGUCCAUCCUGUAUCCUCACAGUCAAGGAUCUGCUCCUGUCCAGUAAUGCAGACCUGCAGCAGCAGGGCUCUCCAAGUGUGCAGCGGCCCAGCGUCGGGCAGAGCCAGGAACUGGUGCUGACUGAGGAUGAGAAGAAGCUGCUUGCCAAGGAGGGCAUCACUCUGCCCACACAGCUGCCCCUCACCAAGUAUGAAGAACGAGUGCUUAAGAAGAUCCGAAGGAAAAUAAGAAAUAAGCAAUCAGCACAAGAGAGCCGGAAAAAAAAGAAAGAAUACAUCGAUGGGCUGGAGCUCUGCAUGUCAAAGUGCACAGCCCAGAACCAGGAGCUUCAGAGGAAGGUCUUACACUUGGAGAAACAAAACUUGUCUCUCAUGGAGCAACUAAGGAAACUCCAGGCCCUCAUGGUACAGACGACCAGCAAAUCAGCCCAGACCGGCACCUGUAUAGCAGUCCUGCUGCUGUCUUUUGCCCUAAUCAUCUUCCCUUCCAUCAGUCCUUUCGCCCCCAACAAAACUGAGGCACCUGGAGACUUUAUGCCAGUCAGAGUAUUCUCCAGAUCACUGAACGCUGAUGCUGCUUCCCGGGUGUUCCACGCUCCAGUCCCAGGCGGGGAGGAGCUAGGACCCCGAGCCCCUAGUCACUGGAGCCGGUAUCCCCAGGAACCCAGCAGCCCAAGGCCUCAGUCUGAUGCUGCCACGCCAGGCAAUGGAACGCCGGCCCAGACACCAGAGCUGGCCCUCUUGGACAGGAUGGAGCCCCGCCACACUAAGGCUACAGGAUUGCUAGAGGCCGAGGAGGAGCUCUGAGAGGCCCCUCCCCCUGGAGACCCCACUCCACCCAGAGGCUAGGCCGUACUAUUCCUACAGUGUUGUGGGGGAGUUUUAGCUCCCCCAGCUUUAAGUGGAGUGGUCCAAUAUGGGGCAGGUCCCUGCUCUUCUCUUGAAAGUAAGCUACACCCUACCACCCUGGGCUGGACCCAGGCCAAAUGAGGUGGUCACCCCCUACCUCCCUUUAUGUCUUCCCUGCUUCUGACUGAGAAGCUAUUAGACAAAGACUGAAACAUACACAGACUCACAAAGGAUAUAAAAAAUGGAAGGAACCUUAAAGAUCAGGUCAGUCGUGAUUCUGCAUGUGAGAACACUGAUGCCCAAAGGUGGGGCAGGAACUCACUUAAGGUCAUCCAGAGAGUCUGGACCUGGUUAGGACACGGGCCAGAACCACAGUCCCAGUCCAGUGUAAAUUUUAUAAAAACAUAUAUUACUACCAACAAUAUAUCCCCAGGAACAAAUCUGUCCCCAUGACCAGGCUAAGGUACAUGUCCUGGCAUCCCUGAGAAAGAUAAUUC